AUGAGCGGACAUGUACGCAGCGUGCGCUUCUCGAGCCCAGCCCACCACAACGCACUGCUGCUAAACAACAUGGCCAUGGCCGACGCGACCAAGCCCGUCGUCGUCAACGCGCCCGAACCCCCCCAGCGAGUCGAGAGCUCAGGGUCUGGCUCGUCAGGCGAUUCCGAUGAUCAUGCUCAGCUUGGCACUGCUGGCAUCGAAGACGGCCAGUACAAUUUUGCGCCUCCAGUCGAAGCAACGAGUGCCGUCGACCAAGUAGCUCCUCUGCGAGAGCCAACCUACAGCUGGAACAGCAACGCCCCGUCACGCAACCGUGGACCUCAGAUCAUGACCGACGUGCCACCAGCAGUGCCCCAGAUCAACGGCAACGCCAACGCCAACGGCACCACGUCGUCGACCAGAGGGCCCCGUCCGUCCGCCGUGCGCACUCCCAGCAAUGCCUACGCACCUGCCCGCCGCCCCCAGCAGUUCUCGCUCAAUUCAAACAGCCACCGCCCACGCAACAACUCGGCCACACGGUCGCGGCGUAACAAUCCCAAUGCCGAGUACCGCGCCCAGGAACAGGCCUAUGUGCAGCGCAUCCGCCAGGAAGACCAGCAGGACGACUUCUUCGACCCGGCCCUGCGCACUCCCAGCUUGGGCUACAGCACCGACUCCGAGACGGAAGAUGAGUCGCCAUCGACGGCCGAGUAUGUCGAAAACGACCCUUACGACCAGGAAACGCUGCUUUACUAUGGCAAUGAUGACAUGCAGCCCUCGAUUGAGGAGCUCAAGAUCCCCGCCAACCGCGAGCGUCUUGAGUGGCACUCGAUGCUGGCCAGCGUGCUCACGGGCGACGUGGUCAAGCAGGAGAAGAAGCGGCUGAUUGGCAGCACCGAGCAGCAGGGAGACAGCACCAUGAAGGCUGAGAUCUGGAUGGGCAUCCGUGCCAAAGUGUGCGGGCGCUCACUGCAGGCACAACGGCGCAUAGUAGACGACACAAGGAGCAAGAUCCGCGCCAACCUCGACAGUAUCAUCUCGUUUGAGGUCGGAGGUGAGGCCGAGGCAGGCCAGACGGCCGCGCAGCAGGUUGAGGACAUUGUCAAGAAGAUUGAAAAGGUCGAGAGCGCCUACCCCACGCGACAGGCGCUUGAGUUGGCAUAUCCAAAGGCAGCCUCGCAGCCCUACAAGGACGCCUGCGACGCCGUCAUCGCCUGGCACAACACCAUUGCCCUCAUCAACACGGAAAUGUCCAUCCUGAAGAAGUGGGUUGGCAACGAGGAACUCGACUUCACAAAGCCCCGGCCACGCUCGUCGCAGGACCAUCACCUGACCGACGAGUCUUCGUUUAUUGACCGGAUACUCAAGGAGGAUGGUCUCAAGUCACUCCAGGGAGAUACAAACCUACUCGCUCCACUAGAAAAGGUGAUCCAAAAGGCCAAGAACACCCUCAUCGCCAACGCCGAGGGUUUCGCCGACAGACAUCUUCCGCCCUACAUCGAAGAAUUACUCACCCUCAUCAACUUCCCCUCGCGUCUGCUCCAGGAGAUCAUCCGCGUUAGGUUAUCCUACGCUAAGAAGAUCAAGGAUCCUUCACAACAGGGCGUCAUGAUGGCGGAACAGAUGAUCGCCCAGUUCCAGAUCCUGCUCGCCAUGGCUGGACAGGUCAAGGAGAGCUACAUGGCCAUCUCGCGGCCAGAACCCGGCUGGGAUCUGCCUCCGUGCAUCGAGGAGAACUUUGACACCGUCGUCUUGGAUGCGCUCAAGUUCUACUUUAAGAUGCUGAACUGGAAGUUGGCCGCAAACAAGAACACUUUCAAGGAGGCUGAAAUCUUGGAACAAGAAUGGGACUUUUGCAACAAGCUCGGCAGGCAACUGCAGGGAGGCGAUGUCGAGACCGCAGAGCAGUUUAGUGUCCUCACUUCAAAGUCGCUCACUCGUCUCAGCGCGCACUUCGAACGAGAGUUGCAGCGUCGGCCAGACGAGCUCACCGGAUCUGAGAUGGAAAAGAGGUACAAGCAAAUACUGGAUUCCGUCCGUGUUCGACAGCGUAAGCUGUUCCGUUUCUCCAGGAUCUUGACACAGCGGUUCGAAAACUGUACAGAGUUCAACAUCAACAAUAUCGACUUGGACGAGGAACAACUGCAUGAGCUGUACGAAUCCUUGGUCGUGACCGGACACUUCCUCGUCGAGACGACUGGUGGUAACAACAACGGCGUCUACAUUGUCGCGUCGCCAACCGCACUUGACCGGCCAAACGACAUCCAAUCGCUUCUCACCACUUGUUACCACGCCGAAGAGGCCCCAGAGGAUCCAUCGAACCCAUACGUCUUGAUCAUCAGACCAGAGCAACAUCUUUACUGGCCAGGCAAGAAGAUGUCCGCCAACAUUAUUGAACCCCAUCUCGAUCUCAAGCCUGGCCGCUUGCGCCUCGUUGCCGAUGGCUCUCAGCAACGGCUGGCCAACGCAAACAUGUCGUUCCUCUCCUCCAUAGGUAUUGAGCUCAACAUCCUAAUCGAUCAACGCGCCAACCUUCCACGUGUCAAUGCAGAACUGCAAAAGAUCAAAAAGACGGCAUACAAGCUAUCGAACACCAUCAUGGACAGUGUCGAAAUCGUUCGUAGACAGACUGUCGGUCUUGACUGCCAGGAUCUCAUACAGACUUGUUUUGCCUUUGCUACCGAGUUCGGCCAGCGUUCCGUUCUCUACAUGGACUACAACCGUCGCGCUAUGAACAACAUCAAGCUGACCAGAUUGGCACUAGACUGGGUCAGUUUCAUUUGCGACGACUGCAUUGCCUCGGAUCGAAAGACGUUCCGAUGGGCUGUCGUAGCUUUGGAGUUUGCCAUGAUGAUGACUCGCGGCCAGAAUAUCCUAUCAAUUAGUGAAGAGGAAUACUCGCAGCUGCGCCUCAAGGUAGCUGGUUGUAUGUCGGUCCUUAUUUCCCACUUCGAUAUCAUGGGUGCAAGGUCUACUAUCGCCGCCCAAGCUGAGCGUCAGCGUCUAAAUGCCAUUGCUGGAAAGAGUCUGUUGGACCCUAAGAACGCCAAGGACGACGAUGAGUCGAUUGAGAUGACUCAACAGCAAUGGAUGCAAAGACUUGAAGAGAUUGACUCAUUCCGCAAGGACAAGGAAGCUGAACGUCAGGCACUUGGCAGGGUACUGGAAGACUCUAAUGAAGCUGAUCGUGCUCUGACCUACCUUUCUUCCUCGGCGACAAAUGUUACCCUCCGAUGGCAGCAGGGUCAAUUUGUCGGCGGUGGUACAUUCGGAUCAGUAUACGCGGCUAUGAACCUCGACUCUAACCACCUCAUGGCUGUUAAAGAGAUUCGUCUACAAGAUCCGCAGCUCAUUCCUACCAUCGUUGCUCAGAUCAGAGAUGAGAUGGGUGUGCUGCAGGUGCUUGACCAUCCGAACAUUGUGUCUUACUACGGUAUCGAGCCACAUCGUGACAAGGUAUACAUCUUUAUGGAAUACUGCUCCGGUGGAUCACUUGCUGGCCUACUCGAGCAUGGACGUAUUGAAGACGAGACUGUCAUUAUGGUUUAUGCACUACAAAUGUUGGAGGGUCUUGCGUAUCUACACGACGCUGGUGUCGUCCACCGUGACAUCAAGCCCGAGAGUAAGUUUUGCAUAGCCCCUUUGUUAUCUUUACCUCGCACUAACACUACUCAGACAUUCUCCUCGAUCACAACGGAGUGA